AUGGGGGCCAUCGAGCCUGUGGAUCCCCGGGCUUGCCCCCGGGGUUUUUACUCAACUUAUUUUCUGGUUCCGAAGAAGACCGGCGGUUUUCGGCCGGUUCUGGAUUUGCGGGGCCUCAAUCGGUACCUGAAGGUACUUCCGUUCCGCAUGUUGACCGUCGCGGAUGUAUUGCGGGUGGUCGCCCGGGGGGAGUGGUUCACCUCCGUGGACCUGAAGGACGCCUACUUUCAUGUGCCGGUCGCUCCUCGCCACAGGCGGUUUCUCCGCUUCGCCUACAGGGGUCGCCACUGGCAGUUCAGGGUGCUCCCCUUCGGGCUCUCCCUUUCCCCGAGGGUGUUCACCCGUGUUGUGCGGGCUGGUCUGGCUCCCCUCCAGUCGGUGGGCAUGAAGAUUCUGCCCUACCUCGACGACUGGCUGCUGUGUGCGCCGUCGCGCGCUCAGGCGUACGGCGAUACGGCAGUCCUUCUUGCCCACGUGGAUCGCUUGGGCAUCAGGGUGAAUUUGGGGAAGUCGUGUCUGGUUCCUUCCCAGCAGGCGACCUUCCUCGGGGUGUCUCUGGACUCGGUGGCCAUGUUGGCUCGACCGUCGUCCCGUCGGGUGGAGGCCGCUCUUCGCCUCCUCUCGCAUUUUCCGGUGGGUCAGGUACGUCCGUAUCUGACCUUUCUGCGUCUUUUGGGCGUGCUGACAUCCCUGACCGCGGUCGUGCCCCUUGGUCUUCUCUUCUUGCGCCCCCUGCAGCGUUGGCUGAAUGGCUUUCGCCUGGACGCCAGGCGGCACCGACGACGGUUACUGAGAGUCUCCGGCCGGUGCGCGGUGGCCUUGGCGCCGUGGAGGAACGGGGCUUUCUUGUUGGAGGGCGUUCCAUUGGGGGUUGCCCCAGUCCGUCGCGAGGUGGUCACUACGGACGCCAGUCGCUUGGGAUGGGGUGCCGUCUGGCAGCGCAGGGCUGCUCGGGGCAGCUGGUCUCUGCGGGACCACGCUGUCCACAUCAACGUCCUGGAGCUGCGUGCGGUUCACCUGGCUCUCCGGCACUUUUACCCUUUCCUACGGGGAAGGCACGUGCUGGUGCGUUCAGACAACGCUGCCGCCGUGUACCACAUCAACCACCAGGGGGGCACGAGGUCCGCUCAUCUCUUGGAGGCCUCCCGCCGUCUUCUUGUGUGGGCGGCCCCUCGUCUUGCGAGUCUGCGGGCCGCCUAUCUUCCCGGCCAGUUGAACCGUCUGGCGGACUCCUUGUCCCGCCGUCGCCUCCCGCCGGGGGAGUGGCGCCUCCAUCCCGAGGUGGUGCGCGCGAUUUGGGGAGUUUUCGGCCAAGCCGAGGUGGACCUCUUCGCCUCCCGGGAGUCGGCCCAUUGCCCUCUCUGGUUUUCCCUGGGGGAGCGCACCAGCCCUCUCGGUCAGGACGCGCUGGCCCACCCCUGGCCGAGGGUCCUGCUCUACGCCUUCCCGCCGCUCCCUCUGAUCUGGCUGACGCUUCGGAGGGUGUCUUUGGAGGGGCACUCAUUGCUGCUGGUGGCCCCCUUCUGGCCGGCUCGCCUAUGGUUUCCCCUGCUGCGCAGCCUGUGUGUCGGCGAGCCUUGGUGCCUCCCCGAGAGGCGGGAUCUACUGUCCCAGUUAGGGGGCCAGUUAUGGCAUCCCGAUCCUCGCCGUCUCCGCCUGCACGUCUGGCCGCUGAGGGGACCGACUCGCUGUUUGACGCCUGCUCGAUCCCUCCUUGAUAUUGGUCGCUCUCCGUCCACCCUCAAGGUCUACGUCGCCGCCAUCUCUGCUCAUCAUGCCAAGGUCUCUGGUGGAUCUGUGGGGAACCACGGCCUGGUCGCUACAUUCCUCAAGGGGGCUCUGAGGCUCCACCCCCGCAGGUGUCCUCGCGCCCCGGUCUGGGAUCUGCAGCUGGUGCUUGACAGCUUGUGCCGCCCCCCCUUCGAGCCUAUGGAUGCGGCCGGGCCUCAGUGGGUCGCCCGCAAGGCGGCGUUCCUGCUGGCCGUUGCCUCUGCUAAGCGGGUUGGCGAACUGCACGCACUCUCGGUUAGCCCGUCGUGCAUGUUUUGGCACCCCGAGGGUUCAGGUGUCACACUGUGGCCUAACGUUGCGUUUAUGCCCAAGGUGUUGGCUGGCUCCCGUUGCAAUCGUCCCUUACGCCUUGCUCGUUACCGCCCCCCGCCUGGGGAGUGUGGGAGCAGACAGGAGCUGUUGUGCCCGGUGAGGGCCCUGAGGCUUUAUGUGGACUCCACGGCAAGUUUUCGUAGGUCGUCCCAACUUUUUGUCUGCUACGGGGCACGUGGUCGGGGCUCUGCCCUCUCCAAGCAGCGCCUCUCUCAUUGGGUCGUUGAUACUAUUUCUUACUCCUAUCAGAUGGCUUGUCGCCCCCUGCCGUCGGGUGUGCGCUGUCACUCUACCAGGGGCGUGGCCACAUCCUGGGCUGCCCUGAAAGGGGUGCCUCUGGAGGACAUCUGUGCCGCCGCCUCAUGGUCGGCGCCUGGCACCUUCUUCAGGUUCUACUGUUUGGACGUCACCUCUCCCCACCCGCUGGGUGCGGUCUUCGGAUCGGAGGGGACUUCCCUGUGA